GAUGAGAAGUCUCCAGUUGGAGAUUACUGGACUGAAUUUCUUGAUUUUACUUACAUUGGAAACCAUCAUAGAAUGACAAUCGGAUAUUUGAAUCUGGAGCCAGGUUUGACUUACAGAAUAAAGGUGAAGUUUUGUGCUGAUUAUAUAUGUUUUCCAAUCAUGUACAGUAAUGGAGUAACUAUCAUACCUAAUGCACCAGGGACAGGAGGACUAUCAGUAACGUUGGAUAAAAAUAAGAUGAGUGUUACAUGUGCAAGAAUGUACGAUCCCGAUCUUGAAGAUACACAAGAGGCAUUUAAUGCAAUCGAAAAAUACGAGUGGACUUUAAUAGAUGGCAAUUCUGGUGGAAUGUAUGUGAAAUGGCAGAACGUGAACAACAGCAAAAUUAUCAAUGACACUCAUUUCAGUUUUGUAAUUCAACUAUCAGAUGACAUCAGUUUUUAUAAAUGCAAAAGGAUAUCUGUGAAAGGUACAAACAAGGUUGGAAUAGCAUCAGAAGUGUCUACAGAUAUCCAACUUUGUGAUGUUGCUGAUGGACCACGACACAUUCACCCAAAACUUGUUAUAGAUGCUCGUGGCGAAAAAGACACAUCUUCAGGUAUCACAUUGAAGUAGUGAAAACCUCAUAA